AUGGAUCAACACAAGGGUGUGGGAGCAAAAGAAGAAGAAGAUAGAGAAGAGAAGAAGACCGUCCCUGAGAUCACCCUCCGGCCAUUCACGCUCUCCGACGUCGACGACUUCAUGACAUGGGCGACCGACGACCGCGUUAUGCGCUUCUCACGUAGACCUACGUGCACUACCAAGGACGAGUGCCUGACUCACAUGAAGGACCUCAUCAUGCCUCACCCGUGGUGCCGCGCCAUUUGCAUCGACGAUGACGGCCGGCCGGUGGGCUUAGUCUCCGUUAUGCCGGCUCCGGGGGCUGACGUCCACCGAGCCUCGAUCGGCUUCGCCAUCGCCUACGACUACUGGGGCCACGGAAUCGCCACCGCAGCGGUGAAGAAGGCGGCGUCUGCCGUCUUCGAAGAGUGGCCGUUUCUGGAGAGGCUCGACGCCAUAGCCGAGGUGAACAACACUGCCUCUCGGAGGGUGCUGGAGAAGGCUGGGUUCCAGAGAGAGGCUGUGCUCAGAAGCUAUCUUGCGUUGAGAGGGGGAAAGCAAGGACAUGGUCAUGUAUAA